GUGCCAGUGCCAGGUCAGUGCCUGGACUCGAACAUGUGACGGUGCGGGAGAGGGCAGUCGGUCUUGUGGCACGACAGUAACUAGCCUGUCAUCAUGUUGAGCCCAAAGAUGCAGCGCACUGUGCGGGUCAACGACAGCCAGCUGGUGAUGCUGUCUGAACGCGCACAUUUCGAUCACUCUGUCGCCGGUUACCUCCACAAGAAGACGGCCGACAGCACGAAGUGGCAGUUGCGUUGGUUCAUUUUGUAUCAGAACCUGCUGUUCUACUACGAUUCCGAGUCCUGCAACAGACCCUCAGGUGUCUUGCUCCUGGAGGGUUGUUACUGCGAGAGACUCAUCGCUUCAGGAACCGGGAGCAAGAACAAAGACAUCGCUGAUAACAAGUACUGUUUCGCCAUCUCGUACCGGAGGGAGAACCAGCGCCAAUACGAGCUGAAAGCUAGCACUGAAAGCGAUUAUAAGAUGUGGGUAGAGUACUGUUUCGCCAUCUCGUACCGGAGGGAGAACCAGCGCCAAUACGAGCUGAAAGCUAGCACUGAAAGCGAUUGUAAGAUGUGGAUAGAGGCCAUCCGAGAAGCCAGAUGCCAUGAGAAAAUGUAA